AUGAAAGGUAUUUCUUCUAAUUUUAUCGAAGUAAUAGAACUUACAGAAUUAACGUCAGAUCACAUACCAGUGCUUCUCAUGUUUAGUUUUAAUGUUAUACAUAAACAACGAAAGAUGUUGCUAACCAACAAGAAAACAGAUUGGGACAUCUUUAAAGCGAAUCUAGACGAGACGUUAACGCUCUCAGUAAGACUAAGAACACCUAUUGAAAUUGAUAGCACUGUUGAACAACUGACUAAUAACAUCGUAAAAGCUGCGAAAGUGGCCACACCCAUAAUACCAACAGGUGAAAAUCGCGAGACUACCUACCCAAUGGAUAUAAAAAAUCUAGUUCAACAAAUACGCCGAGCGAGAAGAACAUAGCAUAAUAGACGACAUCCAACAGAUAAAACUGAAUGGAACCGUGUAAGCAAAAUUCUUUAUGACAAAAUUAAAGAGAUGAAAAACGUUACUUUCAAAUCAUACGUAUGUGGUCUCUUUGCAACGGAUAAUACCGAUUAUUCGUUAUGGAAAGCCACAAGACAUAUGAAGAGACCUCGUGUUCAGGUACCACCCAUCCGCAAAGAAGAUGGCACCUGGGCUCGCAGUGAACAAGAAAAAGCAGAAAUAUACGCUCGACAUCUUGAACGCGUAUUUCUACCAAACGCCAUAGACUCUGAGCUUGACAUUGUACAAUGUCCGCAGCUUAGUACAACACGUAAAAAGAUUAAAAAUUUCACUCCAUUAGAAGUUGCUAAAGUAAUAGAUGACAGUUUAAACCCCAAAAAAGCACCAGGCUAUGAUGAAAUAAGUCCAAAAAUACUUAAAGAGCUUCCUAAGAAGGCCAUCAUUCAUCUUACGCACAUAUACAAUGCUAUUUUGCGUAUGGAAUACAUUCCAGAACAAUGGAAACGGGCACAAGUCAUUAUGUUGCUCAAACCAGGAAAACCACCAGAAGAUGUCACAUCUUACCGUCCCAUAUCCCUCCUUCCGAGUUUGUCUAAACUCUUAGAGAAACUUCUACUUAAACGUCUAAAACCAAUUAUAGAAGAAAAACAUCUUAUACCGGACCAUCAGUUCGGAUUCCGUAACAAACAUUCGACAAUCGAUCAAGUCUAUCGCGUUACCAACGUGAUAAGUAAAGCCCUUGAAGAAAAAGAUUACUGCUGUGGAGUGUUCCUUCACGUAGCUCAUGCUUUUGACAAAGUCUGGCACAAAGGAUUCCUCAUCAAACUACGUGAACAACUGCCAAAUACCUGGUGUGCACUUCUUGAAUCAUACUUAACCGACCGUCACUUCCGAGUCAUACACGAAGAAGCAGUAACCGAAUGGAAAAAUAUAUUACCUGGAGUACCACAAGGUAGUGUCUUAGGACCUAUUUUUUACCUACUUUACACAGCUGAUAUACCAAACAAUGAUAACAAUGACACCGUAACGAUAGCUAUGUUUGUCGAUGAUACGGCAAUUUUGUCGACAAGUAAGAAUCAGCUGACAGUAACUGACAACUUACAAGCAUCAAUUAAUAACAUUUUUGCCUGGACGAGACGUUGGAAAAUUAAGAUUAAUGACGAUUCCAAUUUUGCUGAAUCAAACUUUAAUCCCACAAAAAGAUUCAGCAAUAUAUCUUGGAAUGCAUCUUGACUCUCGUUUAAACUGGAAACAUCAUGUCCGUCAGAAAAAAAUACAGAUUAAAGAAAAAAUGCGAAAGCUCUAUUGGUUAGUUGGACCCCACUCUGAGUUAACUAUAGAAAACAAACGUCUACUAUAUGUAGCUAUUAUAAAACCAAUUUGGACCUAUGGAAUUCAACUGUGGGGUUGUGCUAGUAAGUCUAACAUUGAUAUAAUACAACGUUGCCAAAACAUCGCUCUUCGGACUAUCACUGCAGCCUACCGGUUUGAAAGAAACGAUGCCAUUCACCGCGAUAUGAUGCUGCCUACAAUAGCAGAAGAAAUCCAAAAGUUUGCUCGUAAACACGAGAGGAGAUUAGAGGACCAUAUCAACCCAAUGGCCAUCCAACUGUUAGACAACUCCAAAGACAUUAGAUGCCUUAAGCGUCUGAAACCAUAUAACUUAGUUUAAGUGUUUAAAUUAAGUACAGG